AUGUCCAGGGCGGAGGCUGAGCCUGCAAUGCUGUGCCGUGCUUUUUCGGGGAGAGGGGAAGAGGGGAAGAGGGGCUCGCUUGCCUCUGUUCGCUCCUUCCCCAUCUACCUACAUAUACCGUCCACUAUCUACUGUACAUCACCUGGCCCCUGUCCACUUCGAUCAUCAACAAGAUCACCGCAGCAUGGUCAACGUGGUCAAGUCAAAAGUCUCAAAGCGCUACAGCCUGCAUUGCGCAAUGCCACUCAAGUGUAA